GUUAUUAGCGUUGCUCUAGCUGAUCUCACUUAAAGUUUUGGGUCCAUUCCUCCCGCCUGUAGAAUGAAAGUGGUGAGUGGUGCCUGCUCUCUCAAGCGGCAGGGUUGCAGUGAAGACGUGGUGAGGUGCUUGUCGGAACAGAGCAUCUCCAUCGCCAAAUGCAAGAUGCCCCCAUUGCUGGACGAGCAGAUGACGAUGUUUCUAUAUGACAUGAACGGUUGCUACAGCAAGCUGAAGGAGCUGGUACCCACCUUGCCCCAGAACAAGAAGGUCAGCAAGGUGGAGAUCCUACAGCAUGUCAUCGACUAUAUCUGGGACUUGCAGUUGGAGUUGGACGAUCAGCCGGGCAUUGCAAGCGGGAGCACAGUCCCGUCCCGAACCCCACUCAAUGCUGAUGUGACUGUAAUCACAGCGGAGGCUCCCUGUGUUAGCAGUGAUGACCGUAUUCUGUGUCGCUGAGCGAAUCGACUUGCAGUAUUCAGAUGUCAAGUACUAGAUAAUCCGGCGAUGGACAACGGUGCAUCCAUUCGCAGUCCCUGGGAGGGGAAUGAGGAGAAACUGCGAGGGGAAAAAACAAUUCUAUCAUGUUUUGGGACUCGUGUGUCAUUGACAGGCACAAUAGGGGGGCCAAGCACUUCAUGGUGCCCGUCUCCAGGACUCGGGGCCCUUUGAUUUUAGUCUCCAUCCCAUCCAGGUGACUCGGAAACCAGGAAGAAGGAAAAAACCGUUUUAGUUACUCCUAGUGCCACGCCUAGCAUCAGACUUAACUGCAGUUAGCCACGCCAUCCCGUGUGUGCGCGACCACUCCUGAUGCCAGCACUAAACCGCAGGCUGUUAAAGAGACAUUUGUUGGAGUCUAGAAUUACGAGAUUGUAUGUAACAUCCUUAGAGAUCUAUGGGUGAUCCAGUUGUAAAUCUUAUACUUUGUAAGUGUGUAUCGAAAUGUUUACAACAAUGUUGUACUAAAUGAUUUUUUUAAAAAAUACGAAUCUUUUUGAAAUGUUACUGAAGUAUUGAAAUAAAACUAGUGAAAUUUUA